UCUGUAAAUGGUGAGUCAAGUAUAUUCAAUGCUGGUGAAGAAUCAAACCGAGAUGUUGAACCUGUUGCACGGGAAAUGAAAGGCCGGGAAGCCAUAAACAUAGUGGAUCUUUAUAAGACAUUCCAUGCAUGCAGGAGGCCUGAAGUCAAAGCUGUUAAUGGUAUCAACUUAACAAUUUAUGAAGGUCAGAUUACAGCAAUACUUGGCCACAAUGGGGCAGGAAAGACUACACUUUUCAACAUUCUAACAGGACUUACAGCACCAUCUGCAGGAACAGCCUUUGUAUUUGGGUAUGAUAUUAGGGAUCCGAAUGACAUGCACACAAUCCGUCAAAUGACUGGUGUAUGUCCUCAGCAUGACAUCUUGUUUGAUCUGCUGACACCUCGUGAACAUCUAGAAUUCUUUGCAGCUGUUCGGGGGAUACGUUCCUCCUUGAUUGAGUCUGAAGUGUCCAAGACAUUGCGUGAUAUUGACCUUGUUGACAAAGCCAAUACCUUUGCCAAGCAUUUAAGUGGUGGACAGAAGAGGAAACUUUCAGUUGGCAUUGCUGUUAUUGGGGAUCCUAGGAUUAUUAUCUUGGAUGAGCCAACAGCUGGUGUUGAUCCAUACUCUCGGAGACACAUGUGGUCUGUUUUACAAAAUAGAAGGCAUGGGAAGGUAAUUCUGCUUACAACUCAUUUUAUGGAUGAAGCAGACAUUCUUGCAGAUCGCAAGGCUGUGGUUUCAAGAGGUCGCCUUCGGUGUUGUGGUUCUUCGCUGUUUUUAAAAAACAAAUUUGGCAUUGGUUAUCAUCUAACACUUGUACUGGAGGGUGUAGCUAGGGAACAUGCUAUCACACGUCUUGUGAGUAGUCAUGUUGCUAAAGCAGAGAAGGCUCGCCGGCAUGGGAGAGAACUUAGCUUCAUCUUGCCACACAAUGCUGUAGACAACUUUGCACCACUCUUCUCAGCAAUUGAAAAUGAGAUCAACACCAGGGCAAGCCGUUUGGGUAUAAGCAGUUACGGUGUUUCCAUGACGACAUUAGAAGAGGUUUUUCUUCAUUUGGAACGGGAUGAAGAGACAGAUGGAACAAUGGACAACCUGUCAAAGAAGAUGGUGCGUAAUCGUGCAUUGAGCCGCUCUCUGUCCCUUCAGAGUAAGAGCACAUCAUACCAGAGUCUCCAGAAUGAAGGUGCAGUCAUCACAACUACCAUGGGGCCUGCAGGAGAUGUGCCCGGGAAAGGUAUAGGACCUGGGGAGACACAAAUUGAUGGUGUCAUCAACCAAACAAAUGAUCAUCCAGUGACUGGACUAGGGUUCAGUUCAACAGAAGUGCAUCCAAACAACUGGCAGACAUUAGUAGCACUUCUCAGGUUACGAGUGUUGCGCAUGUUCCGGGAUAUUCAAAAGCUAUACUUCAUGAUUGUCCUACCCCUGGGAUUUGCUGCAUUUGGCCUGUACGUCCACAGUAUCCAGUCAACAGACCCCAAGAUGAAGUCACUGACACUUAAUAGAGACACAUACAAGAGUGACACAAGACUUGCAUUCCAUAAUGCAACAUCAGAAUCUCUUGAUGAGUUUGUGCAGUAUCUUAAGGACAGUGGAUCAUCAUCUGUUGAUCUGUACAAUGGAAACUUUUCUCUCCUUCUUGAUUUGGCUCCACAUAUGGCUGCAUUUAAUGUAAAUGUGUGGGAAAUGCCUGAAAUUAGCAUUACUACUAUUUACAAUGACACAGCACAACACUCAUUGCCCAUCAUCAUCAACCUCCUCAGUAAUGCUUUCUACAGGAUGCUCAUGUCUAAAACUACAUUGGAGUAUGAGCCUAUUGUGGUGAAGACACAUCCAUUUCAGCAGACUUCGCAGCCAGAGGAAUUCAAUAUGGGCACAUUUUCAUCUGCUAUCUUCAUUGGCAUGAUUUUUGUCCUAGUCCCUGUCUGCCUGGCUGUUGAUAUGGUGUAUGAUCGAGAGAUAAAAGCUAAAAACCAGCUGCGGGUGAAUGGGCUGUCUUUCUUCAUGUACUUCAUCACUUACUUCAUGGUGCUUGCUGGAUUGAUGUUGUUCAUAUGCAUAGCACUACUAACAUUAAUAUUUGUAUUUGAUCUGCCAUCGCUGCAGGAGCCUCCUGCAUUUUGUACCAUGGGAUUGCUCAUCAUACUCUACUGUCCUGCUUCUAUCUUGUUUAUCACCUGUUUCUCCUAUAUUUUUGACAAGAUGGACUCAGCACAGUCCAUACUUCCUAACAUUGUUACAUUCCUUGGUCUCAUUCCUUUUCUGCUGGUUAUGUUCCUUGAUAUGUUAAGAAUAGGUGGACGGGCAGCUAUGGCACUGCAUGUGGUAUUCUCCCUGCUCAAUACCAUGUACAUACCCUAUGCAGUGGUGUACUUUGUGGACAGAGUUCACCUGAUGUGCCGUGUCAACUUGGCCUGCACAAAUCUCACAUUUGCUGACUACUUCACUGAUGAAAUUAUCGUCAUGCUAGUUGGCAUCCUGCUCCAUAUCCCCAUUUGGUUCUUUGUUCUGCUUAUACUUGACAUCAAAAAGUCUGGAGGACGGGCUAGUGAUGUCUUCAAAUAUUUCUUGCCAAACAGCAAUAAGACUGUGGAUGAGGUGGAGAACAGUGAUGUUGGAGAGCAUGAGGAUAAUGAUGUCAGGACAGAACGACAGAAGGUUGCUGAUGUCUUAUCAAAUAGGCGUACAAACCCUCCUGUUGUUGUAGUGCAGAACCUGCGCAAGGAAUACCAGAAGCUGAUGAUGAAAGUUUGUUGUGGAGGUACUGACAAUAGCUGCUGCUGUAUAAAGGGAGAUGGCACUAUUGAUACCCAUACCAAAGUGGCUGUGCGCAACCUGUCAUUGGCUGUGGAUGCUGGAGAAGUAUUUGGGUUGCUCGGACAUAAUGGUGCAGGCAAGACAACAACAAUGAAGAUCAUGAUAGCAGAGGAAGCAGCUACAAAAGGCAGAGUUCAGAUCGGUGGACAUAACAUCACUUCCAACAUCGCUGAUGCUUUCCAACUGAUGGGUUACUGCCCACAGCAUGAUGCACAGUGGAAGAACAUCACAGUAAGGGAGCACCUCGAAUGUUAUGCAGCCAUUCGUGGUGUUCCACCCAGUGAUAUAAACAGGGUGGUAGACUUGUAUCUAGCAGGGCUACAAAUACAUGAACAUGCUGGGAAACAAAGCCAACAUUGUUCUGGAGGAACGAGGCGUAAACUGAGUUUUGCCAUGGCUAUGGUUGGUGGUCCAUGUGUGGUGCUGAUGGAUGAACCCAGCACAGGCAUGGAUCCUCGAUCCAAGAGGUUCCUGUGGGACACUAUCCUUGCAAGCUUCCAGGGAGCCCGUGGUGCUAUCCUCACAACACACUCUAUGGAGGAGGCUGAUGCUCUUUGUUCUAGAGUUGGUAUUAUGGUGAAGGGUGAACUCAGGUGUAUUGGAUCCACACAACAUUUGAAGAACUUAUAUGGAGCUGGCUAUACAUUGGAGAUGAAACUCAGAGGAGGAGAUCGAACACCGACAACACCAUCAUCCGAUCGUCACUGUGAUCUCAAAGAGUUUGUUGCUGGCUUGUUCCCCGAUGCAACUCUAGAAGAGAGUUUUGCAGAUAGGCUAAUGUUUAGUGUUCCCCAGCAUGCUGUCACCUCAUUGGCCGAAUGCUUCUCACAGCUUGAGACAGCAAAAUCAGAACUUGACAUUGAGGAAUACAGCUUUAGUCAGACAACUCUUGAACAGGUGUUCCUAAAAUUCGCUCACUAUGAUGAGGUGAAUGGUGACUAAGAGACGAGAGUGGAACAUUGUUGAAUACUGACAGGUUUCAAAUUGGCUAAAGAAGGGGGUCAGUAAUUGGCAUCAAGACUUAUGUUCACCAAGCAACUGGUACAUCUUGGAAACAAGAAGGCAGUGAAUUGAUUCUGUCUACCUCGUUGUGAGCAGUGCAGUGAUGAAUUGUACAAUUAUUUUACUUUCCACUAGAUUGAAAUAAGAGUGAAUGUGUUUGACAAAACCAUUCUUGGGGUAUUUUAAGUGAAAGUGGAGUUAUGAUACACCAUGUUGAGAGAUUUAGGAAGAAAAUAAUUUCUUUCAUAAUUCUUAAUGUUUUGUUUUGAGGGAAGAAAAACAGUAGACUGUAAUAACAGGGAUUAUCUAGUUUGCUGUAAUUUUGUUAAGACUCUUGUUUGAAUUGUUUUGGUGGAAUGAGUGCCUGAAAGAAAGUGAUUCAAUGUGUCCAUAAAUGAGACAGCCUCAGAAGCUGUGUUGUUGCAUGAUAAUUUUCCUUGCUUGCUUAUAUGACUAGUGCUGAUGUAUUCCAUUAUGACUUCAUACUUAAAUAGAAGCCUUAAAUAGAUCCCACAUGAUUAUAAACCUGACUAUGUGGGUAAAAACAUUUUGCAGACAUGUAAAUGGCUCUCUUAAUAUCCAAAAUUAUGGAAAUUUUCAGAUAUGAAAUAUCAGUUUUAUAAAACACAGGUUGCUUUCUUCAUGGUAUUAAAAAUUAUGUUGUUCAUCAAUCUAUUUAAAUGUAGAAGUUAUAAGUGACUAUGUACAUUGGUAGGAAUUAUAUCUGACAAUGUACUGAAAUGUGACAGUAAGGUUUUCCCUCCUUAACCUUUAUUGGUCGUGCUACACAGUAUAAACAUAAUCCUGCUGGCUAAGCCUCGUAAUAGUGCACUGUUAAACCAUUAAACCUCAGAGUUAAAGUCAAACUGGCAGCUCCAUGAUGCAGGGUUUUGAAUCCACCAUUAUUGUACAAUAAAGGUUAAAAAUUAGGUUAUACAGAAUGCAGUACUUGCCAUCAUGUAAUACACAAAAGAAACUGUACAAGAUUGUUAAUUUGUAUUGCCUUCAUCUCAUUUAGAUGAAAAUUCUUGUACUACAUUUUCUUCCGUUGUGCAUUUUUGGACCUUUAUGUUGGUAACUGCAGAACAGGCUGCAUGCAGACUUUGCUUUAGGAUGGAAAAGUGGACCUCAAGUCACAGCCACUGUGAAGUGGGGAACUGUAACUCCUAGUCUUGUAUUUGAAAUUGAUCGUAGCAGUUUUGCCUCUCAUUUUCAUCUCACCUCCUCUCAUACAGGAGGACUCUCAGUGAUCUGCUCUGAAUGAUAACAGUGAACAUUCUUUAAAGACUAAAAGUGGGGCAGAAGUUAUCAUAUUUUGAAUAUGAGGGCUCUAGUUAAGCAUAUAAAAAUCUUAAAUUUUAUUGAAUGGAAUACAUUUCUUGUUAUCAUAUAAUGACUUCUGAAUAUGUAAUAGGACUCAAUAUUUUUAUAUACCGGAACCAAAGAAAUGGAAGGUAAAAAGAAGAGAGAGAGAGAAUAUAUCUUUCUUAAUAUUAAAUAAAUGUUUAAUAAGUAUCUGAUUAAAGUAUUAUUAUAACUUGAGUUCUUAUCAUUAUGGAAUGAAAUAUAAUCUGCUAGCCCAUUGUA